GUGUUUGCGUCAGGAGAUUAGUAAUAGGAAUGAUGAUUUUGCCCUACCUACGAUACUUGAUGUGUUAAGCUAGGCACUCACUGCGUCGUACGACGACCCCAACUCCGUUCCAUGUGAACGCCAGACGACGCGACUCGUCUGCUGAUUGUCGGUGGCAGUCUGAACGGAUCGUCAUUAAAAACAAACUGCGCGCUCGUCGUAUCGUUGCGUUCUACAUACAAUCGCCUCGGCCGACUACCGUCGUGCGCAGUGAUUUGCCCGGCUUUAUCGUACUAAAUUCUCAGUACGAUGCCCAUCAGAGAUUUGUAUCGCAAGUAUUAUGGGAAUGUAUUUAUUCAGUACGAUAACACGUCCAAUAGGGCAAAAUCCUGAUUCCUAAUUUAAUAAUUAUUAUUAGUAGUAGUAUUUGCAGUACCCGCUUCUACUUGCAGUACCCGCUGUUACUUGGGGAUCGGUUUCUUCACUAGCCACCAAGCAAAAGGUCGGUAGUCUAGUGGUUAAGACAUCAGGCUAGUUACCUGGAUGUCGUGGGUUCGCUUUCCACCCUAAUCACUUGCAACAUUUUUCGCAAGUAUUUCGGAAUGUACUAAGCAAGUACUUACAACAAAUCAGGGCUUCAGGUGUAGAUUUACCUGACCGGGCAAAUAGCCAAACAAGCAUAGCAGCUUCUUUUCCAACAUGGAUUCGCUGGAUGAGUAUACGCAGACGCUACAGAGGUCGAUGCGACAGGACCUUGAUAAUUCGGUGAACAAGGCGAUGUUAAGCCCUCGUGACAUUCUUACGCGGUCUCAUGAAAGUAUAAUGCGGGAUUUAACGGAUCCCCGCCAAUGGUAUCUCGCUGAUUCACAUCGUGAGCUUGUGAACCUGAUGCAGCAGGCACAACUUGAGAAACCACGCAACCAGUCCACAACAACCAACAGUCAUGAUAACAGUCCUCCACGCGAACAGUUAGUAGACGAAUUACUUGAAACAGAAAAUGUAAAAAGCGAAGACAAAAAAAAUUGCGAAGUGGCUUUAACUACAGAUAUUCAAUCACGACAUUCAACUCCAUCUCCAACAGACUUUAAAGCUAUUGAAAUAUACCGGAAUUCCAAAAGUCCAAGGCACCAACUAUCUCCAAAAGAGUUGACUAUGAAGAAACCUGCCAAUAGUAUUCAUCAUAUCAUGAUAUCCGAUAUAGACACUCUUCGGCCAGUUAACGACCUUGGAAAAGUCUCUAAACCAAAACCAAAACGUCCUUUACCAUCUCACCGACAGAAGAUUGUAACCUUUGACGAACAUGGCAACAAAGUUGUUUUGCCAGAAAUUAAAUCAAAAUCAGCAGACGAUACAGACCGUAGAAUUGAAUUUGUUGAAAACUGGAUUCAUAAACUGCAUAAAAAUAAUCUCUGUCCUGAGAACAUGAAAGAAUUGUGUGUAAUAAAAAAGCCAAUCAAAGUGGCCCAUCCAGAGUAUCUGCUCAAUAAAAGUUUUCCUUUGAGUAGUUUGCAGACGAGAAAUCGUAUUUUGAGCCAGUUAUCCCUGUCGAGUCCCGUGGCAAUGCGACAUGUGUAUAACUUAAAGCAGCAAUCAAAACAAACCAUUAAGAAGAUAAACAACAGAAAUAGUCUUUUAACAACGCUUGGUGAAGAACAAGCUCAUGUGCAAUCAAACAGGGCCACAGAACAAAAUCCUAACAUUCAGCAGACAAGUGCAACUUCAAAUACUGAAUAUAGAAAUAAUGAUAUAGGAACAUCGCCGAAUCAGACAACAGUACUAUCAGAAAAACAGCACAUAAAAACUUUCUUGCUAUCGCUAAUGGACCCACCAAACGGAAUAUCAGAUACGAAGAAAAGAUAUGUGUUGUCAAAUGAUGUUAACACGAAUGAAGAUCUACUUUCCUCUGCAAGAAAAACCGACAAUAAUUUACAAGGGAGCGAAAAACAAGAGCUACCAAGUUUGAGUCAUGAGGAUAGGGGUGUACGAAAAGAAAUGAGCGUAAUUGACCUAAAACUGCAAUCUGGACAUAUACCAAAUAUAACAAUGAAACGUAACAAACCUACCAAAAAAGAAUUACACGUUUCUAGUCAAAAUGACAGAGAGAAAUGUUUCACUGAUAAGGCAUUUUUCGCCACAGAGACGAACGCUGAAAGUCUGCAGCAACAUAAAACAAUGACACCUAUGAAGACUUUCAUUCAACUCCAGGUAUUUGAUCACAAGUUUCCCAAUGAAACGGAAGUUUUCCCGUAUCCACUGCCUUUACGAAAAAUGCCAAGAAAACUAGGGUCACUAAAAGCAACCUCUAUCAAAGAAUCAAGCGUAUUCUUAGAAAUUACAGGCAAAAAGGAUAAACGAAAAGAGAAAUCUAAAGGCAGAUCAAAGCCAAAGAUUCCUGGUUUCAUUAAGCACGACCUUGAGGUCACUGACGUUGAUUUUCAAGAACUAGGCACAAGUAAGACGGAACAAUCUAGCAACCAUGGUGGCAAAACUUCAAAUAUUGUAACAAUCACCACUUCGGGAAAUCGGGAAGUUAAUAGCGAAAGUUUUAUUAAAGACCAAGGUGAUGAUUUCCUUAUCAACACAGGAAAAAAGCAAACCAAUAAAAACAUACCUAUCUCUAAAAAUGAAAUAACAUCAAACUCUGACGAAACUGUUGAACACGCUUCAAUAUUUGAAGAAGAGGUUGAUGAUUUCAAAAAGCUGAAGGAGGAACACAUUCCAGAUAGCGUCACUCAAACACCCGCUGACCAAGAGGUUCAUGGCGUUGUCACUGUACAUACGCACAGCGACGAUACGCGCUAUCUUAUGGGAUUACACCAAUAUUCAACUCAAGGCUUUAAGGCAAAGUUAGGAAAAUUUAAAGAAGAAAUAGUAUACGAAGAGGAAGAACAAGAUGAAGUAGAGGGAAGAGGGAAAAUAGAAGUAAAUAAAAUAAAAGAAAUAUCGAAGGAUAAAGAAAACGGCAAAGAUAGAAAAGAAGAAGAGGCAUAUGUACCUGAUGGUAUAUUAGGGAUACUUAAUAGUAGUAGUAUUAAUAUUAAUAGUGAUAAUAAUAACAAUAGUAAUAAUAAUAUUGAUGAAAGGAUGGAUGAUGAUAGAAGCUCGGAAAAGAAAACUGAGUCAAAUACUGAAAACAACGGACAAUUAAAUCAAAAUCCCCACAAAACAAAAUCAGCUAAAAACGUCACGUUUAGCAUUUCGCAAUAAACUGCAUUUACAAUUUUGUAUUUGAUCGUCUAAUAGUGACUGACCUUUGUAUCACAAUAAUAUUGGAGAAUCGAGGAACCAAAAUGUUUCUGAAGUAUGUAUCGAUCUAAAGGUCAACGGGCAUGUUUACUAUAUACAUUGCUAUGCAACUGUACUGCAAUACUGAUAAUAAUAAUAGAGUAUGUGCCAUUAAAGGAUCAGAUUUGUUUGCAUCUUUUUACAUAAA